AUGGUGAACAAAUUCAGGCUGCUCUUCUUUCUCUCCACACCCAAAAAAGGUACUGAUCUGCAGCCAUCACAUUCAACCGCUGCUAAUUGUUGCAGCAAGGAUGUUCUCGAUUCGGACAAUGAUCAGCAGGAAGAAGAGCUGGUGGCGGGGAGGAUUUCGGUGAAAGAGUACUUGAGACCGUCGGAGAGGCUGGUGUUCGAGCCGGUAGGCAGCACGAGGUCGAUACUCGAGGCCGCAAAAGUUCCCUUCCCGGACUGCGUGGUGGUGGCCGUGGAAACCGGUGAUCCGAGGGCGGAUUUUCGAGCUUCGAUGGAGGAAAUGGUGGAGGAGCUGCGGUUGGAUGGUGCGGAGCAGCUAGCUGGAUUGUUGGCGUGGUACUUGAGGAUGAAUGUGAAGGAGAACCGUUGCUACAUAGUUGAAGCAUUCGUUGACAUGUUUACAGCUUCCUCUGUUCUUGCUUCUAACACUAGCACACCACGGCUUAUGGGAUGGGCCGGAUAA